AUGCAUAUGCGAAAACCCGCCGCAGUUGGCGUUUCUUUACAACGAACUCGUUACCUGAAUGCUCCCAGCCUAUCGACAGCCCUUCCGGGAGAUGCCAGGAUGCACAAAACGAGGCCACUCGGGUCCCUCAGGGACAUCUUCCCCCGCAUCCACCAACCACUGCCCAUGAACCAGCGCGAGUCCCAACGACUCCUCGAAAAUAUCAAGACGUCAUUCCGCCUACAACUGGACCGAGAACACGGUUGGGUUCCCCCAGCCUCUACCACCGUGCCGCGGCAGGCCAAUUCAACUCCCGCCCAACACAAAACCGCCUCUGCCCACCCGAUACUCCCCCGAGCCACCGACCGGCACGUGCACGCCGUUCUCAACAAUCCGCUUUUCAGCCAUGCCACGCCGACGGUGCCCGGGCCCCCCCAAAAGAGCUUGGCUGCACACGAGGCCAUAUUUAAGAAAGCCGUUUCGCGGGGGCUCAUGAAUCUAACAACCGCGCAUGGGUUUCUGAUACACGUCGCGUCUGUGCCGUCCCAGACGUCCGCCCUCACGGCCAACCCGCCGCCGAGGAGGGUAUUGCCCACUAUCGGUGCCGGUCUGCUCGUUUUGCAAUGGCUCCGUUCCUCUGGCCAGGAACGUGACUUCGAGUUCCUCUCCAACCGAAAAUUUGUCAAGGCCCUCCUGCCCUUUCUCGUUACUGAGGGGCUUGAUGACGUACUUUGGCUCUGGCUCAAACGUCUUCUGAGAGACACCGGCCCAGAUUACGUCUUAGCUCGACAUCUACUCCGAGAUUUCGUGGCCGAGAGAUGCUCUGGCCGUGGCCUGGAAGCUGCUUUUGCUACCAUUCUAGAAGCAGACAACGUAGUCAAGGAAAUGGAGUUACCCGCCAGUAUCCUAGAGGGAGCGUGGAGUUGGCUAGCUCACGAAGCCACGACACAAGCUGGCGAACACAACAAGCUGCCUGCACAGCUCUACGACCCGUUCAUCGCCGUAGGACGGAGGCUCAGGCGCAGGUCAACCACGCUGGAGAUGGCACUUGUCAACUUGCACCACCCCGUCGAUCCUUCCCCGAGCCUCGCUGUUGAGCUGCUCUCAAGCCGCAAAAACUGGAAAAUAAAAGGCGUACUUGACGCAGACAUUCUCGACCUCUAUCGGUUAGGAAUCGACACAGUUCGGUACCUGAUACAGGCCCGCAACACUGAGGAAGCAUCGCGUUUGUUAGACGUCGUGGCGAGGAACAUGCGCCUGUAUGCGAACCCGAAACGGCUUACUUCCUUCCGCGGACCUAAUACCUACCUGAUCCCGGUUUUGAGAUCGAGCCUCGACGGCACGGACACUCGGGGGAACGCUUCAGGAAGGCUGCCUCCAAGCAACCUAGUUCCACUUGCAUCCGCCCUCGUUUGUAUUCUUUCAGGCGGCGUUAUUUCGGAACCGCGGGCCGGGUUGCGUUAG